AUGCCUGGAGCCUGGAACGCCGAGGCUGAACGGGACCUCAUCCUGGCCUCUUGGGCAGGCACCAGCACCGGUCCCGUGAGACCUGACUGGCCCAAGACCAUCGCCAUCAUGAAGGCAUGGGGCUACGACUUUAGCGGCGAGGCGCUCAAGAGCCGCUGGUCGAAAACCAUCUUGAAAGACUUUAAAUCUAAGCAAGAGACCGCCCUCGCGACCAUCGCCGGCAACGCGCACGUAGGCCUCGCCGUGAGCCCGACCAAGAGAAAGGCAAAAGCUUCAGGCGACAGCGACUCGCCCACCAAGAAGACAAAGUCGACGCCCAAGAAGACGGCUGUGAAGAAGGAGACUUUCGACGAGGUGGCCAACACCUAUCUUCAGGACUCCAUCGAGGGCGAAGACACCGAAGACAACGAGGGCGGUGACCAGGCCCCCUCUUCGCCUGGCCCCCGCCGGUCGAACCCGCGUCGUUCGGUCUCGCAGCCUCCCACCUACAAGGAGGAGAAGCUUGAGGGCGAGAGAAGCGAGGACAGCGACGGCGUCGCUUGA